AUGAAAAACACAUGGAGAGAGACAGAGGAAGGGAGUGAGUGGAACAGAAAGAGAGAGAGAGAUUGACUAAAUCCUGCUCAGUGAAAGAAGGGGAGCACAUUCACACCCUUUAGAGGACUCACAGGAAAGGAGAGAAACACACAGUCAGAUACCAUUUUCAGUCACAGCAAGGCUGCUGGGUUUUCAGUGAGGAGAUUCAGUGAAACACAAAAACAUGUCCAGCUCAAUCCUGCGACGACACUCCAGCAAGAAGGGAUUAGAGAAACUCCAGAGGAUCACUGUUCAGCGCAGUCUGGAGGAUGCAGAAGAAAUUGAGAGAGAACGACGAAGGCGUUCAAGAGCCAGUUCCUCUACUGAGCCUCCUAUGACCCCACAGGACAGCCCUCGCACUGCACAGACUCUGGACAACCAGGGUCAGAAUGAUCUGGUUCCAAGCUGUCCAUCCUCUUUGGAAGAAGACGAAGGCUUCAGUGAUUGGACACAUCUGAGCAGGAGCAAACAGGGACAAAUGGAACAUAAAGAUGUAGAAUCACAUCUCAACGGCUCCCGUCACUCAAAGCUCCAGCUCUGUUCCAGCUCUGCUCAACAAAGUAAACUGCAUGAUAUAAAUGUGUAUGACAGCACCCCAUUCAUACAGACCCGACCCCCCCUUUCAAACCAGCAAAACCUGGAUGAGGAUGGUAAUGAUGAAGACUGGGGUGCUAGAGAGCAGGAAAGAAUGAAUAACAUUAAGGCAGCAGAGAAGGAGGAGGGAGAGACUGGACGGUGGUGUGCAGAGGAGGACGAUCCAAGAAGGGUGAAAGGACAUGAGUCAUCUUUCCGGAAAAAACAAAAUCAGAGCUGUGACAUGGAUGAGAAGAGAAAAAAGAAGGCAGAGAUGAAGAUUUCCUACACCUCCACAGUCCUCCUCCAACAGAAUGGGAGACAAUACAGCACUAAUGGACAAGAGGGGAGGAGAACAAAUGACAGAGAACUGAAGAUGCAGAGCAACAUGGACUCUUCAGUCGAUUCAGCAGUUCUCAGCAGUCCAGAAAGUGUGUCUGAGGAGGUGUUUGUGAAGAGCAGUGAGGAGGACCAGCAGCACAGAGAGACAGGAGAUCAGACUCAUGAGGAGGUGCAGAGGAGGAUGAGAGAGGAGGAGCGAGAGAGGAAGAGGAGGGAUGUGAUGGAAAAGUUGAAGAGGUUGAGUAUAUCCAGUGGAGAUCCAGAGGAGCCCUUCAGUCCUCUCAGCCCCAGGAGCCCCUCCUACAUGGCUGAGGGUGAGGAGUGGCAAUCAGAAGGUACAAGCUCGAUUACUGAGAGGACUGAGUCUCUAAACCGCUCCAUUAAAAAAAAGAACAGCAUAAAGAAGACCCAGCCUCCCACGAUCAUCUCGAAGUUAGAUGGCAGACUGGAGCAGUACAACCAUGCCAUUGAGGAUACAGAGGGAAUGAAGGUGGGUGUGGUAGAUCUAAUUAACCAAUGGGUGAAAGGAAACAGCGAUGUCAGCAUCAAGAGCUCCUCCUCCAAAGCAGCUUGUCAGGAUGUUAAGGCUGGUGAGGUGCGUAACAUAAAAUCCAUGUGGGAGAAUCUGGGAGAUGCCUCAUCACAGGAUAAACCAUAUGCAAAGGAACUGGCUGGAAAAAGGUACAAAUUUGUUGAGAGUGGGCACGGGAAAUAUGAGAAGGUCUUCAUAAAUAACGACACAAACUGAAGAACAUCUGGCUGCUAAUCACAAAGAUGUCUGAAGACGGAAUGCUGAUGUUAUCAUUGUCCUUCAGUUAUUGCACUGUACAAAAUUUAAACCCACUAAUAUUGAAAACUUGUUUUAAUUGCUGCCGUACAUUUUAAGUAAAAUCAAAGUGGUGCCAAAGCCACAGACACUUUAAAUGACUUAACUGAUGAAAACAAAUCAAUUUGAAACUUUAAAAACUCAUAUAAUCAAGUACAAUUGACAGAAAUCAUUGUGACAAGUUAAAUAUUUGGAAACAAAGGUGAUGUUUUAAUAAUGGAAAAAAUGAUAGUGGGGUUUUCAGUUACUUUUAUAACAUCUCAUUUAUGUGUCAAACCUUAAAUCAUUGGUGUCCAAUCCUGCUACUGGAGAGCCACUGUGUUGAUUUUUCUCAAAACAAAUGUAUUUUUCCACUUACAUGUGUAUUAUGUCAGAGUUUUUCAAUUCAGUAAGUGUUUAGUACAGAUGGAGGAACAACACCAGUCAGUAUUAAAUACAGAAUGUAGUCUGGAAGAGGGUAUCCGACAAUAAUCUGAACUGUCAUCUCUGAACCCAGUGGCACAAAGUGCUAUAUAGUCAUUUACUGAAAGAUACAUGUACAUGUUUAAUUUUUGGGGGGUCAAAAUGUUGAAUGAAUUAUUUUUAUCUGUUUAAGUUCUCUUUUUGUUUAAUUAAAUUUAGUUUAAUCCUGAACGUUUUAACUCUCAUCAUCCUGCUCUCAUUUUUGUCAUUUUUCUUCCCUCUCAUGAUUUUUCUAGAAUAUUUUCUCCAUAUAAGUGAAUAACAUUCUGUUAAGUAGCAUUACACAGUCCACACAUGUAAACCAAUCACCAAGUGACUGUGCAGUGGAAGGUGUAUUUGUCACAAAAAAAGUUAAUAAAACAUAUCAAUUUUC